CCAGCUCCCCGCGCCGCGGUACUUCCUGCCUUCCGCGCCCGCGCCGCCCGCCCUCGUCUGCGCCCGUCGCCCGCCGCCCGCCGCCCGGCGACGCGCCCGCCGGCGUUCCCGGAGGUGCCCCCGGCCCGGCCGGGUCGUCGCCCCGCCGCCGCGCCCGCGAGCCGCUUUGUCUCGGGCGGGGCGCGCGGGAGAGGCCUCCAGGUGCCCCCCGCCACGGGCCCGGGCCCCCCGCCCCAGGGCGGCGGCGGCGGCGCCGGGCCCCGGGGCGGGGGGCGCGCCGGGAUGGGCCCCAAGAGGCGACAGCUGACGUUCCGGGAGAAGUCACGGAUCAUCCAGGAGGUGGAGGAGAAUCCGGACCUGCGCAAGGGCGAGAUCGCGCGGCGCUUCAACAUCCCGCCGUCCACGCUGAGCACGAUCCUGAAGAACAAGCGCGCCAUCCUGGCGUCGGAGCGCAAGUACGGGGUGGCCUCCACCUGCCGCAAGACCAACAAGCUGUCUCCCUACGACAAGCUCGAGGGCUUGCUCAUCGCCUGGUUCCAGCAGAUCCGCGCCGCCGGCCUGCCGGUCAAGGGCAUCAUCCUCAAGGAGAAGGCGCUGCGCAUAGCCGAGGAGCUGGGCAUGGAUGACUUCACCGCCUCCAACGGCUGGCUGGACCGCUUCCGCCGGCGCCACGGCGUGGUGUCCUGCAGCGGCGUGACCCGCGCCCGCGCGCGAAACGCUGCCCCCCGCACCCCGGCGGCGCCUGCCAGUCCGGCCGCGGUGCCCUCGGAGGGCAGUGGCGGGAGCACUACUGGUUGGCGCGCUCGGGAGGAGCAGCCGCCGUCGGUGGCCGAGGGCUACGCCUCGCAGGACGUGUUCAGCGCCACCGAGACCAGUCUAUGGUACGACUUCCUGCCCGACCAGGCCGCGGGGCUGUGCGGAGGCGACGGACGGCCGCGUCAAGCCACCCAGCGCCUGAGCGUCCUGCUAUGCGCCAAUGCCGACGGCAGCGAGAAGCUGCCCCCGCUGGUGGCCGGCAAGUCGGCCAAGCCCCGGGCAGGCCAAGCCGGCCUGCCCUGCGACUACACCGCCAACUCCAAGGGUGGUGUCACCACCCAGGCCCUGGCCAAGUACUUGAAGGCCCUGGACACCCGAAUGGCUGCAGAGUCUCGCCGGGUCCUACUGCUGGCGGGCCGCUUGGCUGCCCAGUCCUUGGACACCUCGGGCCUGCGGCAUGUGCAGCUGGCCUUCUUCCCUCCGGGCACCGUGCAUCCGCUGGAGAGGGGAGUGGUCCAGCAGGUGAAGGGCCACUACCGCCAGGCCAUGCUGCUCAAAGCCAUGGCCGCGCUAGAGGGCCAGGAUCCCUCAGGCCUGCAGCUGGGUCUCACGGAGGCCCUGCACUUUGUGGCUGCGGCCUGGCAGGCAGUGGAGCCUUCGGACAUAGCCGCCUGCUUUCGUGAGGCUGGCUUUGGGGGUGGCCCUAAUGCCACCAUCACCACUUCCCUCAAGAGUGAGGGAGAGGAAGAGGAAGAGGAGGAGGAAGAAGAGGAGGAGGAAGAGGGUGAAGGAGAGGAAGAGGAGGAGGAAGGGGAGGAGGAGGAGGAAGGGGGGGAAGGAGAGGAAUUGGGGGAGGAAGAGGAGGUGGAGGAGGAGGGUGAUGUUGAUGACAGUGAUGAAGAGGAGGAAGAUGAGGAGAGCUCCUCCGAGGGCUUGGAGGCUGAGGACUGGGCCCAGGGAGUAGUGGAGGCCGGUGGCAGCUUCGGGGCUUAUGGUGCCCAGGAGGAGGCCCAGUGCCCUACUCUGCAUUUCCUGGAAGGUGGGGAGGACUCUGAUUCAGACAGUGAGGAAGAGGACGAUGAGGAAGAGGAUGAUGAAGAUGAAGAUGACGAUGAUGAUGAGGAGGAUGGUGAUGAGGUGCCUGUACCCAGCUUUGGGGAGGCCAUGGCUUACUUUGCCAUGGUCAAGAGGUACCUGACCUCCUUCCCCAUUGAUGACCGCGUGCAGAGCCACAUCCUCCACUUGGAACACGAUCUGGUUCAUGUGACCAGGAAGAACCACGCCAGGCAGGCGGGAGUUCGAGGUCUUGGACAUCAAAGCUGAGUCACUGGACCUAGCUGUGCCCCCAACCUAGAUUGGCAGCACCACCCCAGGGCAGAGGACUCUCUGGGCACCCGCUGUGCAUGGAGCCAGAGUGCAGAGCCCCAGAUCCUUUAGUAAUGCUUCCCCUGGUCCUGCAACAGGCCCGGUCACCUCGACCGGGCCCGGGGCUGAGGUCAGCCUCACUGCCUGCUUAUUGCCUCUUUCUCAGAAUCCUCUUUCCUCCCCAUUUGGCCCUGGGCUCAGGGGACCAGGUGGGGCGGGUGGGGAGCUGUCCGGUGCUACCACACCGUGCCCUCAGUGGACUAACCACAGCAGCAGCCAGGGAUGGGCCCUGGAGGUUCCCGGCCGGAGAGUGCCUCUCCCCUCUGCCAUCCACGCCAGGUCUUUGGUGGGGGGGACCCCAAAGCCAUUCUGGGAAGGGCUCCAGAAGAAGGUCCAGCCUAGGCCCCCUGCAAGGCUGGCAGCCCCCACCCCCACCCCCCAGGCCGCCUUGAGAAGCACAGUUUAACUCACUGCGGGCUCCUGAGCCUGCUUCUGCCUGCUUUCCACCUCCCCAGUCCCUUUCUCUGGCCCUGUCCAUGUGACUUUGGCCCUUGGUUUUCUUUACAGAUUGGAGGUUUCCAAGAGGCCCCCCACCGUGGAAGUAACCAAGGGCGCUUCCCUUGUGGGCAGCUGCAGGCCCCAUGCCUCUCCUCCCUCUCUGGCAGGGCCCCAUCCUGGGCAGAGGGGCCUGGGGCUGGGCCCAGAGUCCAGCCGUCCAGCUGCUCCUUUCCCAGUUUGAUUUCAAUAAAUCUGUCCACUCCCCUUUUGUGGGGGUGAACAUUUUAACAGCCAA